AUUCUAAAGUACCAUUCCUUGUCUAUAGCUACAAAAUUGGUCUAAUUUUUUACAAAACGUAAGACUUGGCAGUAUGGCUUAGUACCUUCGCCUAUCCCAAUGGACGAAAUUAUACUAAUAAAAUACUGAUUUUUUACUAUGAAGAUUCAAUGCCGUGACAUAACCUCAAAAACCUCAUUUUACAAAUAGAGAAUCGUAAAGAAGCAUGUCGUUUUUAGUGUAAAAACUUAUUUUCACACAGAGGUCACGAGACGAAACUUAAAAUGAAGUCGAAAUCAUUCAAUUUAAAACAGAAUACGCCUGUGGCAAAACUUAAUAAAACAUAUGAUUUUACUGGUUACUAUAAAACUGCUGCGGAAACUAGCAUAGCAUUGGAAAAUAGUAAAACUAAUGAAAGCAUAAAUGAGCGGACUAAACAAACAUCCAAAAACAAAAAGGAUUCGAAACGUUCAUCCAUUGAAAACAAAUUAGAACCGCUUGACGUUUCGUUGAUUAAUAUUGAAGGGCCUACUCUAAACUCAGUCGGAAAUAACUCAAAAAUGACUUCGACUCCCCAGAGCUCCCGUAAAAGUCAGCUCCCCAAAGUAAAGUCAAUCAUGAAAAACUCAUCAGGUCAGAGUGAGGAUAACAUGGACGAGCCAGAGUAUUUUGCUUCACCUAAACCUAAAAAACGAAACAAAUCGGUUAGCUUCAUGCUGGAGGACAGUGAACAACUUGUGAUUAAAAAAACAAAAUCAAAUGACUCCAUUGAUAAAAAGCCUAACACCCCAAGCAAGACUAAUGUACAGAAAGAAAAGUUUAAGAAAUUUAAAAAGAAUAAAGAUUUGUCAGAAAAGGAAAAUAAAGGCACUACUAACGUUAACAUAGAAACUGGCAAAGAAGGGAAGCCUAAACAACUAAAGCAAGCACAGGUAGAAAACAAUUCAAAUGAAGCUAAAGACCUUGCUAUUAAUGUCCAAAAAGAUCAGACAACCUCAGUUACUGACAAAGUAGUUACUGACAAGAAAGGAAAUGUCAAUAAAAAGAGAAAACUUAAAAAAGUUAAGAAACAGAAUUCCGAUGAUACUUCUGAGACAGGUAAUGAAGGUAACAAUGAUGAGCAAAUUGAAAAUAAACAUAAGAAAUUAAAAAAGAAAAAAGGAAAAUCAGACACUGAAGCUGAUAAUGAACCAGUUUCUAAAUUUACUAAGAAGGAUGUUAAACCUGAAGCUAUAGUUGAAAAUCUCGAAAACCUCAGCAUAGGUGAUACUGCUCACACAUUAACAAAUCUGUUGGAUGAAAUGACAGUUGCUGAAAAAGACAAAAGAAAGAAAAAUAAGCGUAAAAUGAAAAAAGACAAAAAACCAACUGCUAGUACUUCGAGCAGUGAAAACGCUGAUUUGGAGAAAAUAGAUGAAGGUAAAGAAAAGGUUAAAUGGAAGAAAAGGAAAUGGAAUAAAGACAGGAAAGGUGAUUUGGAUGAAGAUUCAACCUCUGUCAUCGUAGACAACUUGCCUUUGUCUAUUAUGUGUCUUUAUAAGAAAAUACUGUCUGAACAUUUUGGGAAGCAUGGGAUUAUAAGGGGAAUUGGUAUUGCAGAAGUGUACCCUACUGAAGUAUCUAAACCCGUUUUCACAACUACAAUAAAUUUCUAUUCUGAUGGAGCAGCCACCAAGGCACUGGAAGAGGACAACGCCAUUAUUGAAGGCAACCGCAUCCGCGUUAGACAGCCACUGCCACGGACCCAAACUACUAUGGUGGUACGCAGCUACACUGAGUUAACAGAACAAGCACUCAGCACAACUUUCUUGCCUGCUGGCAAGAUCAGGAAUAUUCGUCAACUUGUCAAGGGGAAGAAGGCUAUUGCUACAGCAUUUAUGGAAUUUGAUGGCCCAGAGGCUUUGGAGAAGGCGUUGAAGUUGGGCCGAGAAGCAAAGAUCAAUGGGAAGAAACUGCAUGUGUCCAGGUUCGAGAUCCGCAAGAAGAAGAGGAAGACGAGCGCCGAGAGCGAGAACGAGGGAGACAGUGAGAACUCCAAUGAGUAACCUUCUUUAAUCCGUUCUAGUUGUAAACGGCACCUGAAGACCAAGCAUAGAAAGCGAUUUGUUUUUAAUUAAAUAGUAGAUUUAAUUUUAAGUAAGGGUCAAGACUCGGUGACGUAGAUUAGUGCAUUGAAAGGCCAAUUGAAAAGACCAUUGAGAGUAGCCGUAUAUGGACUGCUUCAGCAGUUAGCCAGUGUUUAACAUACAGGCGCGGUCCGAAGGGGGGGGGGGGUCACAGGGGACAUGACCCCCCCCCCCCCCACCCCCCCAAAUCUAAGGUCAAAUUAAAAAAUAUCAAAAAUUUGCCAAAUUAAAAAAGGAAAUUUUUAGCUAUCUCCUAACAGCGAUACAUUUAUCUCAUUGCAGACAUCUAGUGGUGUUUUUGUGAACUACGUACGGUGGCCAAAACAACUUGGAAAUGACAUCUAGAUCACUUUGUUGUCCGUCCGUCCGUCCGUCUGUCAAGACCGUUUUUCUCAGGAACGCGUGUAUCAAACUGUAAUUCAUACUAAUACUCAGGUCUACUCUCCCUUGGAGCUGUGAAAAAAUCAAACUUCUAAGCCAAAACAAUUAAAAGAUACAGCCGUUUAUGCCGCAAAUUUCCGCAAAUUUUCGAAACUCGCACGGGAAUCAAAACCUACAGGGUACUUCCCGUGAACUUAGAAUCAUGGAAUUUGGUACAAAGUAACGUCUUAUAGUACAGAUAAAGGAAAAAUUGCGAAAACCGUAUUUUUUUAGUUACAUCAUAUAAUAAAAAAUAUUUUUGAAAAUUCAGGUGUGUACGGAACCCUCGGUGCGCGAGUUCGACUCGCGAUUGGCCGGUUUUUUAUUUAUUUGUGUAGUGUGUGACCCCCUCCAAAAUUUCAGGCUGCGACCGCGCCUGUUAACAUACACGGACUGCUCGGGUGGUCAGUUAACAGUUUGAAGCUGAAAUCAGAAAUCAAUAUAUCUAAAUUCAAAUUGGAUGUAUAGUACAACACUACUUUUGAAUCGUCCAAACAUUUUUUUCCCCUACCACUCGUUAUUGGACAUAUUUUUUAGCUGCGGAGAAAAACGAGCGAAAAAAACUCCACAACAUCAAAAGCAUAAUGUAACAACAUUUACAAAUCAUUAUGUUGUUGCAACGUCAAUACAAUCAUGAUUUAUUUAAUAUAGAAAACCUGUUGGAAUGAUUGGAACAGUUCAAACCCAAGCAUUUUUGUCUGUAUUUUGUGCCAUUGAUAACUGGUCAAGCAGUUCAUACCAUAGAGGUAUAGGAAUAGAGUGGGGAAGGCGGCUCUAAAAGUGUCCGUCUAAUAGAAAGAGAAAGAAGAUGAAAGACGGCUAGCUAUCUCUCUCUAGUGACGCAUGGCAUCCAAAGGCAUCACAUCGAAAUAGUAAAAUGCUUACGGUUGCCAAUGCGCAUGCGCGAUUAGAGAGAGAAAGCUAGUAGUCUCUCAUCUUCUUUCUCUUUCUAUUAGAGGGACACUUCCACUUGUAGUAGAGUCUAUAUCUCUCCUACUCUAUAUCUCCCCUACUCUAUUCUUAUACCUCUAUGGUUCAUACCAACUGUUCCAGCGGUCCGUGUAAGUGUGUACAUAGAAGACUUGUAGUUCACUAUGCAGUCGCAGCUUAAAGUCCAUCCGACUGCUUCUAGCCCUUUAUCCCAGUCGCCCCUUGGGACAAAUGGGAAUGGAAUAGAAAAAAAUAUUGGAAUGAAGUCAUUACACUCCACGUCAGUAGGCCUAUUCGCUAACUCAUUUUGACAUAGGAAAGUGGUAAUCACCGAGCUUUUUAGUGAUCCAUUACUGUUUUUUGUUAAGCCGUUGGUCCCGGCUGAAUCUGCAGUCGUUAGCACCCACCAUUCCGCACUGGGCCCGCGUGGUGGGUCAUGGCCCAAUCUCCCUAUUCCAUCCAUAGGGAAGGUCUGUGCCCCAGCAGUGGGGACUUUAAUAGGCUGAUGAUGAUGAUGAUCUGUAAAGCAUCGAUGGAUAUGCAAUUUUCUCUUUAGUUACUCACUGUAAAUGUCAAAAAAGUUAGCGAAUAGGUCGGCAGAUUAGUUAUACCUAUUUGCCUCCGGUGGCAAUCCCGCGGGGCGACUGGGAAUAGAGGCUUCAAGCUGCCCAUGUAUGGCGGCUCUUAGACCUUCAUAUUAUCGCUUAAGGGCCGCGCCCCCACAACAAUGA